AUGCCACAUAAGCUACGUAAGAAUAUACGUAAGAGGAAGAGAGCAUUGAAACAUCCAAUAGUAAAACUGACACCACAACAACAGUUGCAACAACAAAUGCUGAAUGACCCCACUAUGUUGCAACAAAUGUCAAGCAACCCUAUGCUCUUAAACCGAGUUCUUGGUGCACAGAGUGGAGGUUUAAGAGCAGCACUUUUAGCGAAAAUGGCAGGCUAUGGUGGAGCUGCAGACGGAACAGCCUAUAACCCUCAAAGUCAAAUGAAUUUGAGUUCACUCAAAAAUCAAAUAUCAGAUGUCAAAAAGUCAAACAUAGACAUACAGAAGCAAAUAAGUGAAAACGAAAAGAAACUAGAAUAUGACAGACACACAAAGAAACUCAAUGAGUUAAACGUAGAGAAAAAGAAGAAAGAAGAACAACUGAAAGAACUAAGUACAGAGGAAUAUGCGAAAAAAGUGUCAGAAAAAGCAGCAGAAGUAGCAAAAAUGGAACAAGAUGUCAUAAAUUUGAAAAACCAUACUACUCAAUAUAAAGUACUGAAAGAUGAAGAGAUAAAACAAAAAGCCCUGAAGACAUAUAUGGAUAGCGAUGAGUAUAAAAAAGAAGUUGAAGCAAAUGUAGUUAGUAUCCCUAAGUCGUGUACGGUGGCACUGCGCGCUCCUUACCCAUUAUAUAUGAAUUUGACACUUUACGAAACCGUUAAUGUAUAUUUUACAACACAAACGACAACACCAACUUAA